ACGCUUGCGCGGGUCGGUGAUCGAACGGUGUCGCUAGCUGGCGGCGGUUGGUCGGAUCAGUGUAAGGCAAGAUGGCCGAGCGGUGGUGACGGGUCGUGGAAUGUACGGCUGGAGAAUUGGUGAUCUCGGCUCAGCGCGGAUGGCCUAGCGAUGGCCGAGUUCAACAUCGACAUCGGCAAACUCCCGGAGGACGUGCGGGAGAAACUUGCUGAGCUGGAUCUCGAGUUAUCCGAAGGGGACAUAACGCAAAAGGGCUACGAAAAGAAACGGACACGUCUACUACAGCAGUAUGCCUCGAAGCAGCUGGGGGCUGGAAACGAUGGAGGAGGUGUCGGCGUCCUCGGUAUCGAAAGGGUCGAGAGAACGGGGUAUGGAAGCGGUGGCGGUGGAGGUGGAGGUGUCGGUGUCGGUGUCGGCGUCGGCGUCGGUGUCGGUAGCCGACCACAGCCACGUGCACGCCGCACGCAACGUCGCGUCACGCACAACGAGAAGCGCUAUCAUUCAGGAGGCCGGCUAGUACCUGGCGGGAUCGCCAGUCCCCCGGGAUCUGGCGGCUCGACCGGAAACACCGGGAACUCGAACUCGGCGGCUGCGAGACGCGGCAAUCGCAGACUCACGCGCAAUGAGAGCCGCUAUCAUUCCGAGGUGCGCCAGGAGGCGGUGCAGCAGGCUUUGGCGGCGAUGCAGGGUCGUCCGAAGCCGUCCCUGCCGAUGCCAUCGAAGAGAACUUCCGUGAUGGCCAGGAGUCCCGACCGGGACCGUCGCGACAGCGGAGAAUCGAGCAGCGACGAGGACAGCGUGGUCACCGAGGAAAGUCCCGGUGCUGGUGGUCCGACGGGCACAGGACUGUCGGACACCAGCAGCACCGGUUCGGCCCGAGACACGCCUCCACCUCCGAGACCACCGGCUAGGAGACCUCCUGGCGCGGACAUCACGGACAUCGCGGAAUACACGCCCCAUGCUUACUGCAACAUCCAGCCGCCGGACGUGACGCACACGAGCAACACGCCAGCCGCCCAGCAGUCGACUAGGCGGCCAGGGGCCGAUCGAGUGAAUCGCUAUCACGUCGUCGAGGAUCAGAACAAUACCGGGACCACCGGCCGUUGGAAGGUCUCCGCGAAGAUUCAACAGCUGCUCAACACCUUGAAGCGGCCGAAGCGACGACCGCUGCCCGAGUUCUACGAGGACGACGACAUCGAGCUAGAGAUCGCCGCCAACCCGAAGGACCCGAACGCUCCUAAACCCGAGGGCGGUUCCAUGACCUCAGCGGUCGGCGAGCCGUUCUCGGUGCCCGCUGGCUUGCCCAGGUCCCUCGAGGCUGCCAUACUAAGGUAUGGUUCGGCAACGUACAAAGCGCCAGUGGCGACUGUCCUCGAUCCGAACGGGAAGCUCUGCGUAACGCUGACUUACGGAAAGCUUCUGAGCCGUUCCCAUAAAAUAGCGUACACGCUGCUGAACAAGGCUCUGAGUCGCGGCGGCGAUUGCUGUCUGAAGCCCGGCGACAGGAUCGCCCUGGUUUACCCGAACAACGACCCGAUAAGCUUCAUGUGCGCGUUCUACGGUUGCCUCCAGGCCGGGAUCGUACCUGUGCCGAUCGAGGUCCCUUUGACGCGCCGGGACGCGGGCUCGCAGCAGAUUGGGUUUCUUUUAGGAAGCUGCGGAAUUCAAGUGGCGUUGACCAGCGAAGCUUGUCUGAAAGGAUUGCCAAAGACCGCGGCUGGCGAGGUGGUGGCGUUCAAAGGUUGGCCGAAGCUUCACUGGUUCGUGACGGAACAUUUGGGUAAAACGCCGAAGGACUGGCUGCCGCCGCCCCGAUUGACGGACGACACCCCUGCGUACACCGAGUACACCACGGACAAGGAUGGCUCGGUGAUGGGCGUGACGGUGACCAGAUCGGCGAUGCUGUCACACUGUCGAGGCCUGACGCAGGCCUGCGGUUACACAGAAGGCGAGAACGCUGUGUGCGUUCUGGAUUUCAAACGAGAAGUCGGUCUCUGGCACAGCACCCUGACCAGCGUUCUGAACGGAAUGCACGUGAUCUUCAUUCCGUACGCUCUGAUGAAAGUGAAUCCCGCUAGUUGGAUGCAAAUGAUCACGAAGCACCGGGCCAGCGUAGCCGUGGUGAAGUCCCGGGACCUUCACUGGGGCCUGUUGGCCACGAAGGACCACAAGGACAUCUCUCUGUCGUCGCUGAGACUUCUAUUGGUCGCCGACGGCGCCAAUCCCUGGUCCCUUUCCUCCUGCGAUCAAUUCCUCUCCGUGUUCCAGUCCAAAGGUUUGAGACCGGACGCGGUCUGUCCGUGCGCGUCCUCCAGCGAAGCCCUGACCGUCUCGGUCAGAAGACCGGGCCGCGCUGGCGUCAACGCGACUGGACGAGGCGUGCUCUCCAUGUCCGGACUGAGUUACGGGGUCGUUCGAGUCGACCAAGAGAAUUCCCUGACUUCUUUGACGCUUCAGGACUGCGGUCAAGUUAUGCCUGGAAGUAUCGUGGUCGUGAUCAAGAUGGAAGGGCAGCCGUUCAUCUGCAAGACGGACGAAGUGGGCGAGAUCUGCGUGCACAGUUCCGCCACGGGGAACCAGUACUGGGGACUGCAAGGGCUGACAAAUAACACUUUCAAAGUGGCUCCGUUGCAAGCCGACGGGACUCCGUUGGGCGACGUGGAGUACACUCGUUCCGGUUUGCUAGGCUUUCUUGGACCGGGUGGUCUGGUUUUCGUCUGCGGUUCGCGCGAUGGCUUGAUGACUGUCACAGGAAGAAAGCACAACGCUGACGACAUCAUAGCCACGGUUCUCGCCGUGGAACCCAUGAAGUUCAUUUAUCGCGGCAGAAUAGCCGUGUUCAGCGUUCGCGUUCUGAGGGACGAACGAAUAUGCGUGGUUGCGGAACAGCGACCCGAUUGCAGCGAGGAGGAAAGCUUCCAAUGGAUGUCGCGAGUUCUCCAAGCGGUGGAUUCGAUUCACGCCGUCGGGAUAUACUGUCUGGCGCUGGUCCCGCCGAAUUACCUGCCGAAAACGCCGCUGGGCGGUAUCCACCUGUCGGAAACGAAAAGACGUUUUCUAGAGGGUACACUACACCCGGCUAAUGUUCUGCUUUGUCCGCACACUUGCGUUACGAAUCUACCAAAACCACGCGAGGUCCAUUCAGCGGGGGAUUCUGUUGCAGACGUUGGUCCGGCCAGUGUCAUGGUGGGCAACAUUGUUCAGGGUAAUAGAUUGGCCUCGGCUCAAGGACGGGACAUGGGUGUCUUGGACGAGGACAGCGAUAACGCUAAAAAGUAUCAAUUCAUCUCGGAGAUUCUUCGAUGGCGGGCAGUCAGUACCUCCGACCACGUGAUAUUCACGUCGUUGAACGCCAAGGGAGCGGUGGCGACUUCCCUGUCCUGCUCGCAACUGCACAAGAAAGCCGAGCGAAUCGGGAAUCUUUUGUUGGACCGCGGACGGAUCAAUACCGGGGACCACGUGGCAUUAAUAUUUCCUCCCGGUACAGACUUGAUAUGCGCGUUCUACGGUUGCCUCUACGUUGGAGCCGUGCCAGUCACGAUCAGGCCGCCUCAUCCUCAAAACCUCCAGACCACUCUGCCCACUGUCCGCAUGAUCGUGGACGUCAGUAAGUCCGUGCUCGUGCUCACGAAUCAGAAUCUCCUGAAACUGCUGAAAACGAAGGAGGCGAAUAACGUUGUCGACAUAAAGAGCUGGCCGACGAUUCUCGAUAUGGACGACAUGCCAAAGAAGAAGCUACCUGUUAUGUACCGAGCUCCCACGGCGGAGAUGCUGGCUUAUCUAGAUUUCAGCGUCUCGACCACGGGUAUGCUCGCAGGGAUUAAGAUGUCUCACGCAGCAGUGACGUCUCUGUGCCGUGCCAUGAAGCUUGCCUGUGAAUUGUAUCCGUCGCGACACAUCGCCCUGUGCUUGGAUCCUUACUCGGGAUUAGGAUUCGCUCUGUGGUGUUUGAGCAGUAUAUACAGCGGCCAUCAUUCCAUACUUAUACCGCCGUCGGAGGUGGAAGCUAAUCCAGCGUUGUGGCUGUCGGCGGUCAGUCAGUCCAGAGUGAGAGACACGUUUUGCUCUUACGGCGUAAUGGAACUGUGCACGAAGGGACUCGGUUCCUCCGUUCACGCGCUGAAAGCGCGAGGCGUCAGCUUGGCGUGCGUGAGAACGUGCGUGGUCGUAGCCGAGGAGAGGCCGCGAAUCGCGCUUACCACGAGUUUCAGCAAACUUUUCUCCGCUUUGGGCCUGAGUCCUCGAGCCGUGUCCACCUCCUUCGGGUGCAGAGUGAACACCGCCAUUUGUUUACAGGGUGCGUCGAGUCCGGAACCGUCCACGGUGUACGUCGAUCUCCGCGCGUUGCGCAACGACCGCGUGUCCUUGGUCGAAAGGGGUAGUCCUCACUCUCUGUGCCUCAUGGAAUCGGGAAAACUGCUUCCCGGGGUAAAAGUGAUAAUCGCCAAUCCGGAAACGAAAGGGCAGUGCGGGGACUCUCACUUGGGCGAGAUAUGGGUGCAGUCCGCUCACAACGCCAGUGGCUACUUUACCAUCUACGGCGACGAGAGCGAUUACGCGGAUCACUUCAACGCCCGUCUCGUGACCGGAAACACGAACGAGGUUUACGCCAGGACCGGUUAUCUCGGUUUCUUGAGGCGUACCGAGAGUGUUCAGCAGUCGGUUAUCAGCGACGUUCCCGGCGACACUUCCGCCGCCGAAGCGGAUCUCGUCCCCGGCGACGCCGAGUUGCACGACGCCGUGUUCGUCGUCGGAGCACUCGACGAGGCUAUUCUCCUCAGGGGGAUGCGAUACCACCCGAUCGAUAUCGAGAAUAGCGUAAUGAGAUGUCACAAGAAGAUUGCCGAAUGCGCGGUAUUCACCUGGACCAACCUGUUGGUAGUAGUGGUGGAACUCGACGGAAGCGAGAGCGAGGCAUUGGAUCUCGUGGCGUUAGUCACCAGCGCCGUCCUCGAGGAGCACCACCUGGUGGUCGGGGUGGUAGUCGUAGUGGAUCCCGGAGUGGUACCGAUAAAUUCACGCGGCGAGAAGCAACGGAUGCACUUGCGCGACGGUUUUCUGGCGGACCAGCUCGAUCCUAUCUACGUGGCGUACAACAUGUGAACGGUAUCGAGAUACCUGGGAAACGCAUCACGCGACGAACGCCGUCGGACCGGCGUCGUGUCGACGGCUUGGCGUCCUCGACCGGAGGUCGCGAGCUGCCUUUCAAAAUUUCACCCUUCCUCCAAAAGGACCAUACCUCUCCUGAGGAGAAUCUGGAACGUGUCGCGAGGAGUUUGCGCGCUUUUUAAGCAAACGUCCCAUUCGAACGGCUUGUACCGCUCCUUUGAAAAGGGGGCUCGAGCACUCGGACUGUUUAUCGCGUUAACGCGCACCGAACAGUAACGCAACUUGGGGUGCGCUACGAAAUUUCAAGUUGUACGGUCGUCAGCGUUCGCCGUUCGCGCUAGGAAGUAUCGGUUUCUAGUAACGAAAGUAAUCGGAGGCGACGGAAGAACGAAAAAACCGUAUUUUGUGGACGGGGACGUGCUCGUCGACGGAGGAGUGACGACUCGCCGUACUGUAGAACAAUCGACGACAAAAGCCACUGGAAACGAUACGCACAGCGUAGCAUUAUCGAUGCUCGGAGGGUUAACGAGAUUUAGUUUACGUAACCGUACGUAUUUUACCAAUGAACCAUCCGUAGAGAAGGAGCACCCGCGCGAAUCUAAUCCUCGUACACCUUAGAACUUCAGACUGCCACGACGAAUGCACGGCACGGACGCGAGUCGGCUGUCGUCGUUAGAAUCGUGCUUUUAUACGUCGUAUAUUACCUGAACGUCGAAGACGACGUACACGGUGUCGUUUCGUUGUUUAGAUAACGACAUCGGAACGGUAGUGAGCUUUUUUUACGAGUGGAGAAACCGAAGAAGUUAUUUUAACGAGGAGACCGGCCGAUUCCUGGCGUCGAAUCGCGCUCUACUCGAACUGGACGAUCGUUCCACGAGCUAUAUACAGGUAUACAAUUAUCUCGUGUCUAUUAGAGAAUGAUGGUUUUUGGGAGAGAAAAAAAAAUAUGAAAAGAAUUUGAUACACACUUUGUCGUAGACUCGUAUAGCUUGACGGAUUUUUUACUACGUAAAGGUAACGAUUAGCCAACGUAAUCUAUACUCUAUCGUAAUGUGAGAAGUUUUAACUGUCGACAACUUUUUCUAAUGUAUCGUCACUGAAAAAAAAAACAUACAUACACACAUACACACACAUACACGCGUAUACACACACGGUUCGCUAUCGCUCCGACUAUAUCUGAUUUUACGGGAUUUGGUUCCAAGACACAGUUUCUAUGUUAUAUCGUACAACGAUUUUGACGUGGAUCGUUUCGGAAGCGGAACCGAGCAGCUCCGAAUCGAUCGGAAAUUUGAUGAUAUUUAGCUGCGUCGCGCACAACGCCGCACUUUUAUACCUUAGAAGAUUUACAUUAUAUUCGCGAUAUUGUUCGUCCAUUUUCUCACGAUAUAUUCAUUUCUUCAACGGAUGCAACGCACACGCGAGAAACAACCACCGUAUUUAUAACUUUAUAACGUCAGAGAAACUUUGUUACCAGGCCAAUUUUUCAUGGAGAGGACUAAUCGCACCGAGGCGAUAUCGUAUCUCAGGGUUUUAGACCGUUUGUAACGGUAUAGAUCUGCGGACACAUACUUAGAGCAGCUCCUUUUAGACGGCAUUUGAACAAAAAUAUUAAACCUACCACUUGGCUAGAGGCGAAAAGAUACGGUACAGCGAAGAAACAAUGAAUUUAAUCUUGAUUCGAAGAAAAGUGCAGUCGAAGUAGCUACAUAACGUCGAUGCGUUUACACUCCGUGGUCUUGACUUCGGUAGACACGCGUGAACAAUUUUACACGCCAAACUUUCUCCUUUCCCUUUUCUAUUUUCCUCCCGUUUCACUUUCUUUGCGCACAAACGCGUUCUCGUCGUAAGACCGGUCCUCUCGACCAAAGCUGCUCAAUCUACGUAGAUCAACGGCGUUGUCGUGACCGUCAACUUUCGGGUUGGAAUCGCUCCUUUGAUCGUCGAUAUUUGUCAAUUUCAUGUCGAAACCUAUUCUCCCAUUGUUCUCCCGUGCCUGUUUUAAAAUCGUCGUUUUAUUUAUUCGGACCGUACCUUUGUCGUUCGAAGCGAACCCCCGUAAAUCGUUUUCUCUUCGUCGAUUACCAAAGACGAACGAGUUCGAGCAACAACGAGUAAAUAAUCUUAUGGUUCGUCGUUGGCCUAUCCGUUUACGAACGAUUCGAUGGAAUCGAGAACAGAUCCUAGCCCGAAAGUCGAUCGCGUGUCCAUUCUCGUUUCCUUGGAAUUUUAUUAUUCUCGAGACAAUGUUCUCUACCGAUCUGUACAUUUGUUGAUAGUUUUAUAAUUUUAUAUUCUUAUUUUAACACGACGACACGCUGCUCCGGAGGUGUCGUAUGCCCGACUACCGCGAAUCGCAGUUCCGCGUCGUUACGAGGCUCGCGGUGUUAAUUAUUAAAGAGAAUUUGUUUCGUCGUCCGCAAUUUUGUUCGAACGUUACGCAACAGCUGGACCGGCGAGGCCUAUUUUUCUCGACACGCGUUUAGCGCCUAGCCGAGCGUUUCGCUAACGCGCCAGCAUUUUGUGCAAUGUUCUUCUCGUUAAUGGUUAACGUUUCCGUGUUUCUGCGUUCGCGCGAAUUUAUCUUUAGCUUUACGAUCAGGUUUUGUCGACGGUUCGUAUUAAUUUAUACACGUUGGUUACGUUUCCUCGACCGAACGGCAGCUUCGUUAACGCGAUACGCGAAUUAUGAUAAUUAAUUGUCCCCGACACCCGGACGCCCGUUUACAGGCGUCCAUGUAAAUACGUAUCGGAAGCAGGUGAAUCGGUAUCCCUUUCUUCGACGCGCGUUACAUUUCCGAGAACCUUUUGCGGUCGUAUCCGACUACAAGCAUCGUUUUGCGAUCUUACGAUAAACGCGUCGCGCAGAGGCGAGGUAGCCAGUUCGACCAAUUUGUUUUUUUGGCGAACGACCGCCGUUGCUCUCGCGUCCUUAACAGGUUCGCGUCGGCGUGUAGGCGAGAACGCCGAACACCGCCGGCGCGAACGUGUCAAAGGAAGACCUCGAUCACGGAUACGCAUUUUUCCAGUCUCGCUUUUCCGGUCGAUUAGCCAGUAUCCCCUUCUAACUCAACAAGCGAAAGCGUAAAACGUUUCGAAUGCAAAAGGUAUCGAACGCGUUUCCAUCGAUUCGUUCCCUGUCCUUUUUCUAAUCAUUAAGGUAUCGUGCCAUGUCACCUUGCGUCCUUUUUCGCUUUCACGCAUCAAGAAACGUUCGCUGCAAGACCAACAACAAAAACCACCGCGCGCUCUUAAUCGUGCCGAUUAACGAACGCGCAGGUCGUUCCUCGUGCCUUUGUUCAAAACCGACGGAGCUUUCGUUGCACGUAUCACGAGAAUUCUAGAACGAUCGAGAAGACAGUUCUUCGCGACGUCUCGACCUUUUCAUUUCCGUUGCAAGUAUUAUUAUUUAAUUUUCGUUCGAGGUAUCCGAGCCUUAACGUGGAGACCAAUGACGCGACGCGCGAGUUAUUCGAAGCGUCAAACGUUUUCCUCCUGUGCGAAAAGUUUGCAAUCACGGUAUCCUGUUUCGUUAUUCAUCUGUCGCGUAGGAAAACGUCUUUCGUCUCCGUAACCGUUAGAAAUACUUUCGUGCGAUCUGCGAGUACAAAAUUGAGACGGACUCGUUAGGGUAUUAGGUCGAAAGCGGCACGUGCGAGCGCGGUAAUUUUCGUUGUUUUCAACGAGACGCGGUAACGCCGAUCGGGAUUAUACAGGGUGUCCCAAAAAUGUUGUAACACCUUGAAAGAGGCGAUUCGGGGGGUGAUUUGAAACAACUUUUUCCUUAGUGAAAAUGUUGUCCGAGGCUUCGUUAAGGAGAUAUUAAGAGAAAGGCCCGACCAAUCAGAGCGCGUAGCCACGCCUACCGCUACCGCCCACCGACAAACUCGCGCUCUGAUUGGUCCGGGGCCUUUCUCUUGAUAUCUCCUUAACGAAGCCUCGAACAACAUUUUCGCUAAGGAAAAAGUUGUUUCAAAUCACCUCCCGAAUCGCCUCUUUCAAGGUGUUACAACAUUUUUGGGACACCCUGUAAAAGCGAUAAAGAAAAAAAAAAAGGGUGGAGGCGAGAACGUUCGCGCAAUCCUACGAAUGGGGGCUGAGAGUGCGUGCGUGCGAGGAACUUGGUUGUAUUAUGUAUAAAUGUUGAUAACUAGUUGAUAGGAAUGUGGAGAUACUUGUCAUCAUUAACGAUCGCGUGUUGUCAUGCUGGACCCGAGACGAGGAGGUUGAUCGUGGAUCGACGAGUCUGCGGAUCUCGUUUGAAACUUGUACCGCGUAAUCCUGGACCACGCGAAAUGGUCCUAGGCUGUGUAAAUAAUUACCCCUGUACCCCGAUUGCGUUAGAGGUUACGAAGGUACGAUAUAGUUUGUACGUUGAAGUAUAAAUAUUACGACAGAAUAAUAUAAACGGUCACUGUCCUUACCAAGCCGUAGCAUUUCGCCUGCAUCGAUCGGACGAGAAUAUCAUUAUUAAUACUUUCGCGUAUCGAUCUCCUCCGGUACCAAGCGACGUUCUCAUCGCCCGCCUUGUCUCCGUCGUCGGGACAACGGUCGGGAGAUGCGUAACGCGGAGUCGAAACGGAAUCCGGACGAUAGAAACGUCGUAGCAAUUCAUUAUAGUCCGUAGCGGACUCCUCUCUUUUUUUUUUUUCUUUUCUUGUUUGAAGCAAAAUGGUGAAAGAAAGGAAAUGUACACGACCGACGUCCCUUACGGACGGUCGCGCGUCGUCAUCGCGACGUAAAAAAAUCACUCCUCAGACCCUUCGAACCGAGCGCCUCUUUGUAAUCCACUCGAUAUUCACGAGGAGCUUCGCGAGCUAACAUCAAUAAACGUAAUGUACAUUUUUUGCAACGA